AUGGAUCGAAUCACGCUUGCUGCAAGAGACGAUCCGAAGCUCGUUGAUGCAGCCCAGAUCCCCGCAAAAGAGGCUCGUCUGAUUGAAAUGAUUCACAAAGCUUUAACUUCGUGCGGCGAUUUGGCAAGAUAUCGCGAGCUCUAUCGAGACGACCGCAAGAGCCCUGACGAGAAGGCCAUGGCUGCUGGAGGGCAUGCGCCAGCUCGGAACCACAUUGUCUUUGACAACUUUGAUCCUAACUCUCAUCCCAAUCCUAACCCUGGCUCCCAGAACAAGCCGGCUCCCGGCACAACUCGGCGGCACUCCACGGAAUUUGUCGUGGUCGGCAAGGGCAUGGAGCAGAUGCCGUUCUUUUCGCCAGAAUGUCAAAGCAGGGCAAACCAAGUCAUGCACCGACUUCCAUCUUAG